AUUAUGAAUUCAUUCUUGUUUUGGCAUCCUCAAUUCCUUCUUCAAUAAUAGCUCAUGCUCCAAUAGUUAGUCUAAUACAAUUCAAUGAUAGCAAUCAGGUAAAUAGUAUUAUUAACUUUUUUUUAGAAAUGCUUGUACCAAUUCUUAAUCAAUGAGUCCUUAAAUUUCGCCUAAAUCUCCUCAAGAGUGCUCCACUAUAGAAUAAAAUACUAUAAAAAAUGAUGAGACUAAUAAUGACUAAAGCUCAUUUGAACUAUCUAAAAGUAAUAAAAUAAAGAAAAACAUCAAAAAAACUAAAGAAACAAAGACUGAUAAGACUUAUGCUUCUGAAAAAAACCAAAAAAAAAAGAUAUUUCUGUCAAUGAAAGACAUUAAAAAUGUACAAUAUAAAAAGUAAAAUAUGUCAUCUAUGAAGAUCGAAAUUUGUUUAAGAAGAAUAAAUUCAAGAAGGUUUAACUAAUCUAGAGGAGAAGAAAUGAUUUUUUAAUUACUCUCUUUUAUAUAUGUGGA